GAGCGAGUGAAGCUCACUACUGCCCAGACGUUGCGCGCCACUCUUUCUCACCUUCACCACGCUCGCCACCUUAUACAGCGCAACGCUUCGCUUCCUAUAGAACCGUCACACUUCCCACCACACAUUGGCGGCGACGGAUCGAAAAGCACAUCGACGCUAGCCUUACGACUGCACCAUGUCUCUGUGUAUGAACCGCCUCUCGGAGGAGAGGAAGCAAUGGCGACGCGACCACCCGUUCGGAUUUUUCGCGAAACCCAUGCGCGGCGCGAAUGGCAUGAUGGAUCUUAAGAAAUGGGACUGUGGUGUGCCAGGCAAGGAGAAAACUAUCUGGGAAGGCGGACUCUUCAAGCUCGAGGUCACAUUUCCAGAGGAGUACCCUACAAAGCCACCGAAGUGCAAGUUCAUGCCUCCUCUAUUCCACCCAAACGUGUACCCUUCAGGUACGGUGUGCCUAUCUAUUCUCAACGAAGAAGAAGGCUGGAAGCCUGCGAUUACAAUCAAGGAGAUCUUGCUCGGCAUUCAGUCGCUGCUCGACGAACCGAACCCAGAAUCACCGGCGCAAGCAGACGCAUUCAACCUGUUCAAGAAGGACCGCGCCGCGUACGAGAAGAAAGUGCGCACUGUCGUCAAAGAGAAUCCCGCGCCGUAGUUCUGCGCAACUGCUUGUGCUAGGUGCAUCCUUGCAAAUAAGUUGGAUCCAGCUUGGAGAAGAAGACAAGGGACAUCCGUUAUCGAUGUCAGGACAAUGAAGUGAUUGAGGAGGAAGAUAAGGUGGCGCGACUGCUUGCGACCUUUGCAUCGCUGAUGGGACUUCGGCACGCAUUCACCAUGAGCGAUAUAUCCAUGGCUUCUGGCGUUAAUGGCGUGACGGACAUGAUUGUGGCUCAGUUGAGCUCUAGACAAACGGCGUUGGGCUUAUACACCUUCUUUGCGAUAUUCGCAACGAUGUGGAACGAAGUACUUACAACUACAAAUUUGCCGCACUGAGCAUCGCGACUCGCAACAUGAUACCCCUACAGUGAUUUCUCUGAGAUACCGACGUGAUGUG